AUGCCGGGCUGCCGCAUCAGCGCCUGCGGCCCCGGGGCCCAGGAAGGGACGGCCGAACCGGGGUCCCCGCCGCCGCCGCCCCGGGAGCCGCAGCCAUCCCCUCAGCCCCCGCCCCCAACUCCGACCUUGACCCCGACCCCGACCCGGGCUCAGGCCCCGCCGCUGCCCGAGGCGGCCCGGGUGUCUGCGGGUGCAGCCGAGAGGCAGGAGCUACAGCGCUGGCGCCAGGGCGCUAGCGUGGGCGCAGGGGUCUCCGGGCCCGGUGGGGGCGCGGCGGCGGCGGGGGCCGGGGGCCGCGCGCUGGAGCUGGCCGAAGCGCGGCGGCGGCUGCUGGAGGUGGAGGGCCGCCGGCGCUUGGUGUCGGAGCUGGAGAGCCGAGUGCUGCAGCUGCACCGCGUUUUCCUGGCUGCCGAGCUGCGCCUGGCUCAUCGCGCGGAGAGCCUGGGCCGCCUGAGCGGCGGCGUGGCGCAGGCCGAGCUCUAUCUGGCGGCGCACGGGUCACGCCUCAAGAAGGGCCAGCGCCGCGGCCGCCGCGGCCGCCCACCGGCGUUGCUGGCCUCAGCGCUCGGCCUCGGUAGCUGCGUGCCCUGGGGCGCCGGGCGCCUGCGGCGAGGCCACGGCCCGGAGCCAGACUCGCCCUUCCGCCGCAGCCCGCCCCGCGGCCCCGCCUCUCCCCAGCGCUGACUUCCACGCCCGGACCCCUGGCCACCCCGGACAGGCUCAUCGCCAAGGUGGGGACCACAGAUUGCGGAUGCCGGCUGGAUGGACGGCGUCACCUGCACGGAUGGACAGACUGACCUGCAGGAAGAGACAGUCGGGGGGCCAGGGUCCCUGUAAAGGAGGUUGAGCUCCUCUCAGCUCCUGAGAGCCUCGACUCUGGCUCUGGACGCCUGGAUUCUGCUUCUUCCCUGGGCACCUCCUUCAGGAAGACCUUGAGAAUUGACCCUACACAACCUCAGUGCCCUCCUUACGGGAUCCCUUCACUUCGCCAUGGCAAGGGGCUGGGUCCUGGGUAACGUGUCCGCACUAUGAAUUUCUUUAUAUGCGCCACAUUUGACUUCGGCUGUGCAAUUGGAGAUGUUACUACAGGUCCCUGAGAUGCAGUCGGAUUGCUUAAGAGUGCA